AUGCGGGCUAUGAUUCCCCCGGAGCUGCGCGCCCUGGCGCGUGUGGUGAGCGACAUCGAUAGCAGGCAGUUUCCCGAGCUCUUCACGCCUGUUGGACUCAAUCCGCCUGUGCAGGAGCUUGAAAUGUUGCUGGCAGAGAUCACCGGGGCACCCCUUUCCGCGAAGGAAUUUCGACAGUUUCAAACAGUUAUAAUGGAGGAGAGACACCACCUGCGUGGGGUGGACCUCACAACGGUGGCGGAGUCUCAGGUGGGCACUGCCCUCUCUCUCACCUCACGUCUGGAUACUACCUGCACAGAGGCGGAGGUUCCAUUGGCACACGUCUUUCCUCACAUGAAGGAGGCUCACAACUUCUUUGUAGGCAUUACAUCGUUCAAAUGUUCGGUGAAUCAGGCCCCCGUAUUUUAUCGUCUUUCCGAUGCAUUAUGCACCCUGCUGCUCCGUGCACUGGAGGAGCUACAGCGUUACAUGGAUGAAAUUUUGCUUUGGAACCAGGGACUUGGUGGGUUAAAGGGACGAUCCAAAGGUAAACCAUAUGCGGAGGAUGGAGAACAAGAAGAUGCGAUGCUAUGGGUACGUGAGGGUGUGUGUCUCCCUGCUGAAUUUGAGUGUGCCUUUGCCGAUAUUGACGGCGAUGUCGGAUUCCACUUGGCACACCUGCGCUGGUAUGUGGAGGUGUGCCAGCAGUCGAUCUACUUUGAUUCAGGCGCGUAUUUGGGCGACGUUUCCGUGCAGAAGAUUUGGAACGCCUACGUGGGGAAGGAGAGGCCGGCAUGUUUUGUGGAGAACUUUUCACCUGCGCUUCAGCUUUUCCCUGAGUGGUCUCGCGUGCCGAUUAUGGAGGCCGUUAACUACCGGGGGUGCGGGGUGGUUUCACUCUACACCCUUAAGCGCCUCCUUAGCAUUUGGGGCCCCUUUCUUCUUUUGGAUCGCAACAUGAAGGAUGACAUACGGGUUGGGCUGUUUGAGCUUGAGCACUCGCUGGAGUACCAAGAAAAGGCGUUUGCGCGGCGCGAGGACGCGAAGGAGGGGGAUUGCGUGGCCACGCUGACCAAAACCCCUGGCGAGGUGGUGGUGCUCGUCCUUCUUCGCCAGUCGAAGAGCUGUGUCGGCGACGAAAACGGUCUGACGACGUGGAAGAUACGCUUCACUCAGCAAACCGGGGCGUGGGUGGCGGAGAGACUCACCAUGGCGGAGUACGACACCGUCUACGACGCCUGCUGCGCGUUUCCGGAACUCUUUCGCCGGCCGUGUGGGAAAUGCUACCAGCUCGUGGAAACUCCGGAGGCGGUACCCCUGCGGGCGGACUUUAACAGCGCGGUCGCACACGCCGUCUGCGGCCUGCACCGCGCCUGCUUUCGAAAUAAUAGUCGCUACGUGAAAACCCUCUUGGAGCGGGGCUUGGCGGUGGUGGUGAACACCACCGUGACGGAUCCGGCAAUCUCAACCCAGUUCUCUUGGACACCUCUGCUGUGCGCCGUGAACAACCCCAACAGUGACCCCGGGGAGGUUGUGCGGAUGCUGCUGAGCGCCGGCGCGGACGUGAACAUCUAUGACGAGGCUCAAUGCACCCCGCUCUACUACGCCAUCGCCAACGGUUAUGUGGAUGCCGCACGCGCGUUGCUCGAGCACUCACCGCACCUUCGAACGUCCAAUUUAUCUGUACCGCUACUCGUGGCGCUCGGGGCGCACCACUUUCACGCGUGCGAGAGCGACAUCCGCCGCCUCUGCGACCUCAUCCCGUCGGCCGACAUGCUACAGGUGCUUUUGUCGUAUGAAAGAAGUCUGCCCCUGCUGCGGCUCUGUGUGGACAUCAUCACUGGCAAACUCAGCGGCGAUGAGCGGCUGCAGCGGCCCACCGAUGAAAUCUCCAUUUGGUCCCCCAACGGUGCGGUGGAGCUCCGGACGCCGGAGGAAGAGCAGUCUCUUAUCGGCAUCAUUGCGUACCAUAGCGAACUCUGCCAGCAAUUCCGAGAGGACGUCUCAGCCGCCGCACGGCUUCUGUACAACCACUGCUACUUCCUUUCAUGCAGGGAGGCGUUCAAACCCACCCUGGAGAGCCGUGAGGCUUCCUCUUGA